AUGGAAGCUCUAAUCUAUAAUGAAUCACCCAUAGCAGAAUAUCUGGAGGGAGACGCCAUCCCCUUCGAAGCCGCCGAACCUCCUUCGCCUCUUCCUUGCGCUCGUCAAACCUAUGCCCCCCGAGGUCUGCCCAGACUGCGCGACCGAUUACGAACGUUUCGCCAAACCGCUGCUUCGGUGACAGAUGUCGCAAAUGAACAGUUUCUCGAGCGCUUCCGCUACGUGAUUGUUGCCUCCCAGCUUCUCGCAGACGAUCCGAAGCCGAGACGACAACUUCUCCAACAUGAUCAACCAUUCGCUCCACAUACUCUCUCCUUCAAAGGUGCUUGUAUAACAGCCGGAAUUUCCUUCUCGGUCGCGUGGUCUCUUCACCUACUCCAGCGGGGAUAUAGAACGUCUCGGUCACAUUGUUCAACUUGGUCAGAAAUAUGCAUAUACUCAUUAUUGUUUAUUGGGGGUUAUCUGGUUCUUUUGUACUUUGCUCGGCGUCAAUAUCUUGAAUUUGUGCGGCAGUCUGCCGGGUCAACACUGGGAAAAGUUGUGUCAAAUUCACAUAAUUAUGAUAGUAUUGCGGCGGAAGCGCUUCGAUUCAUUCAAGAGGUCGAGGUUGUGUCUCGUGGGUAUGAAAUAAGCCAUCCAUUACCUCCAGUCAGUCGACUGGAAGAUAAAAACUCUCAGAGUCGCUGCCGUGACCUACGGACCACUCUUGGAAUUACCUUGACGGCCAGCAUCGUCCGAUGCGUCGAAGCUCACAAUGCCGUCCAACCAUUUGUGAGGGACCUCGACCUUCAAAGGUACCAUGACAUAUACGAGGUCUCGAUGCAGGAUUACACCGAUGCCGUUGCGUUUGCAAACGAUUCUCCCCUAGACUCCCGGGACACCCUGAAGGAACUUCGCUUUCUUUUCCGACUCCACCUCAUUGCAAGGAAGGUUUUCCUUUGUGAUCUGCUGGCCCUUCACUCUGGCUCCACCUGGUACAACGUUCGUCAGUGGCGACUGAUGUGCCAUGUGCUCGAAGGGUUAGAUGGUGCACUUUCCCAAGCAAGCCAAGAGCUCCACAGCGCAGUAGUGCGCGAAGAAUAUGGCGAAGACUGCCAGGACGCUGUAUCGGAAGAGGCCGAACCCGCGGCUGAACAGAGCAUCGACGCCACUACGCCGCAAAAGAGACAUACCAAGGCUCAAUUACGCCGAUUCGAAGCGGUGGCCAAUGCUAUCCGAUCCCUGAACGCCAAAAUCCAUCUCUUGAGGGAAGAAAUUAACUCGUUAAAGCCGAAGGAUGACUCUACCCUGAGCACGACUAUCACUGGCCAUUAUGAACAGCUUGGAGCUGAGAUUCGAAACGCCCUUGUCGAAUGGGAAAAGGGGCGAAACACCAUGUUCCUCAACGUGGGGACCGAAUCUGAUAAUCGUUUCUCCCGAGCAUCCAGUGGUUUGCGAUCGCCAGCGUCGCCAUCUCCGAGCAGUCUGGGCGGGCUGACGGUUGUGGAUGGCGGGCCUGCAGAAGCGCUAAGGCUGCUGAGUGGCGGCGAACGGAGUCCUUCUGACGGGGCGGGACUGGAUGAAGAAGUGUUUGAAGCAGUGGCCUUGCCGCGCAAGAGAAUGUCUUGGGCACCAAUGAGCCGCGAAGAGAAGCUCAACAGACUUCAAGAGGACCGGAGGAAGCGGGCGACCUUCCAAGAGCAUGCCGAAAACACCACCAACAUGUUGCGAGAACUGCAGAUGGUCAUCAAGCAUCGUCCUCUGGCCAGAUCGGACACGCGAAUCACUUCGAUAUGA